CCCAAACAUAAAAAAAAAAAAAAAAAAGAAAAAAAAAAAGGAAAAAAAUAGUGAAAAUGUUAACUCGACCCAAGUGCGAACCAACCUGUUCACAUGGCCAAAACUAGCCGCCCACCACUUUGUAUGGUAUAGUUGCCGGUCAGCACAGCCCGCCAUUGGGAUCUUGGGAAUCAAAGUUGUCUCUCUCUCUCUAAAUACAACUCUCUCUCUCUAUAUAUCUAACAUCUAUAUAGGAGAAAAUACACCGAUAAAUUUGGCGGAUGAUCGAUGGCGCUUUCACGGCUUCGACAUCCGGUCAUCUCUCGCGCUCAUUCUCUCCUCAGGACCCGCCUACUCUCCGCCACCCCAAUUUCAAGAUCACUCACACGCAGGUGCAGUGUGCAGAAUUCUAUUGUCAACAGUGAUGGGACUUUGUUAAGGCUCAUACCUUUGUCCUUGUUCAAUGGCGUUCAAGACAGCUCUUAUAAGCUCAAGUUGCCAACUGGUGUCAGAAAUUUCUCAUCAGCAGAGAUUCCAUCGCAUACUGUCAUCGGAAUGCCAGCGUUGUCGCCCACAAUGACUCAAGGUAACAUAGCAAAGUGGAAGAAGAAAGAAGGAGAUAAGAUAGAAGUGGGUGACGUGAUAUGUGAAAUAGAGACAGAUAAAGCUACCCUUGAGUUCGAGUGUCUUGAAGAGGGAUUUCUAGCUAAGAUACUAGUACCUGAAGGUUCAAAGGAUGUGCCUGUGGGACAACCUAUUGCAAUAACGGUUGAGGAAUCAGAUGAUAUCCAAAAUGUCCCUGCUAGCGUUGCUGGUGGAUCAGAGGUUGAAGAGCAAAAAUCAACUUCACAAAGUGAAGAUAGGACACAGGGAAAAAGGUCUAUUAAGAUUAGUCCAUCUGAACUUCCUCCUCAUAUCAUUCUUGAAAUGCCUGCAUUAUCCCCAACAAUGAACCAGGGUAAUAUUGCUAAGUGGAAGAAGAAAGAAGGAGACAAGAUAGAAGUGGGUGAUGUGAUAUGUGAGAUAGAGACAGAUAAAGCUACCCUUGAAUUUGAAUGUCUUGAAGAAGGGUUCCUGGCUAAGAUACUGGCACCUGAAGGUUCGAAGGAUGUGGCUGUGGGACAACCCAUUGCAGUAACUGUUGAGGAUUCAAAAGAUAUUGAAACUGUUAAGAAUUCUGUAAGUGGUAAUUUGGAGGCCAAAGAUGAAAAGCAGACCCAUUAUGACAGUGGACAUGAAGCAAGAGCACAGAAAACCAAUUUCACUAGAAUUAGUCCGUCAGCAAAGCUGCUGAUAACAGAACAUGGAUUGGAUGCGUCUUCAAUAGAGGCUUCAGGUCCUCGUGGUACUCUGUUGAAAGGGGAUGUUUUAGCAGCAAUAAAGUCAGGGAAAGGAUCUCCAAAUAUUUCUUCGUCAAAGGGGAAGAUACCUCAAUCAGCUUCAAUUGACCCCAAAACUUCUUCCUCUGCAUCUCCACAAUUAAGAUCUCAAGAACAGCAAUCAGAUUCUUAUGAAGAUCUGCCUAAUAGUCAAAUUCGCAAGGUGAUAGCGAGGAGAUUGUUGGAAUCAAAACAAAAUAUACCUCAUUUAUAUUUAACCUCAGAUGUUAUACUGGAUCCUCUUCUAUCGUUUAGAAAGGAGCUUAAAGAAAAACACGAUGUUAAAGUAUCAGUGAACGAUAUUGUCAUCAAAGCUGUUGCAGUUGCACUAAGAAAUGUACCUGAAGCAAAUGCUUACUGGAAUGCCGAGAAAGGUGAAGCUGUUUUAUGUGAUUCUGUUGACAUAUCAAUUGCAGUUGCUACUGAGAAGGGUUUGAUGACUCCAAUUAUCAGGAAUGCAGAUCAGAAAACCAUUUCAUCGAUCUCCUUAGAGGUCAAGGAACUUGCUGCAAAGGCACGAGAAGGGAAGCUAACACCAAACGAGUUUCAAGGUGGCACUUUCAGCAUCUCAAACCUGGGAAUGUUUCCAGUGGACCAUUUUUGUGCAAUCAUAAAUCCACCACAGGCCUGUAUUCUAGCUGUUGGUAGGGGCAACCAAGUUGUAGAACCAGUAAUUGGAAGUGAUGGAGUUGAGAAGCCUGCAAUUGUCACAAAAAUGAAUUUAACAUUGUCUGCAGAUCAUCGUGUUUUUGAUGGAAAAGUUGGAGGUGCUUUCGUCUCUGCUUUACGUUCAAACUUCAAUGAUAUCCGAAGACUUCUUUUGUAGUGACAUCAGAAAAACCCUCAAAGUUAUAAUCUCCUAGAAAACAACCAUGGUUGGUGAACACCUUUUAGACCAGUUCAAGCUGUUACAGUCUAUCAAUGACAUGAAAACUUUGCCUUUUGUCAUUCCAUCUUUGUUGAGACAAUUUUUUUCUGAUUCGAAGGGUCUAACCUGUUUCGAGAGAUGACUAAGUUACAAAGAGACCAAUUUAAAUGAGGCUUUGCACCAUACGUGGUUUAUCAAUUAUUCUGAAGUUCUGAUAUUUUUUCCUCAAAUGGUUUUUUUGGCUGCAAUUUGUAUUUUCUUGUAUAAGAAAUAAUGUACAAGAAUAGAUACAUGAUUCAAUAUUAGUUAAUGUAGUCUCUGUUCA